UCUCCUCCCUACUUUCCUCUUCCUCGCAUACCUAAAACCUUCUGCGUUUUAGGCUUUCAUGGCUUGUUGAAGCUGCUGUUUUCUUUUGCUUCGGAUUUUACUUUCUGUUUUGCUUCGAGUCCUCAAAAAUGGCAGUCGAGCUUAUGAGCUUUACAAAAAUGGAAGAUCAGAUGGCUAUACAAGAGGCUGCAUCACAAGGCUUGAAGAGUAUGGAGCACUUCAUCCGUCUCAUGUCUCACCAAUCUAACCAUCACGUGGAUUGCACGGACCUCACAGACCUCACCGUCUCCAAGUUCAAAAAAGUCAUCUCUCUUCUCAAUCGGACCGGUCAUGCCCGAUUCAGACGCGGACCGGUUCAGUCUUCCUCUUCUUCACUUUCCUUGUCAUCCGCACCGACUGGGUCAGCCUCUCGCUCCCAAAAUUUAAACCAAACGCCGAGUCAUGUUACGGCUCCGGCUACUGUACACCAGGCACCUGUCGUCCAUUCGGUUACAGCUCCUCAGGUUCCGAUCGCGGCACCGACAAGCUUUGUUCAGUCACAGCCGCAGAGUUUGACUCUGGACUUCACAAAACCUAGCAUAUUUAGCUCUAAUGGUAGAAACUCAGAGCUUGAGUUCACAAAAGAAAGUUUUAGCGUGUCAUCUAGCUCAUCUUUCAUGUCCUCGGCUAUAACUGGAGACGGUAGCGUUUCAAAUGGGAAGCAAGGAUCAUCGAUUUUCUUGGCACCUGCAGUCUCCGGCGGCAAGCCCCCGCUUUCAUCUGGGCCGUACAACAAGAAGCGGUGCCACGAGCACGAUCAAUCCGAUGAUAUGUCUGGAAAGUUCUCGGGAUCUGCCAGCGGCAAGUGCCAUUGCUCCAAGAGAAGGAAAAAUCGGGUGAAGAAAACAAUUAGAGUACCAGCGAUUAGUGCGAAAAUCGCCGAUAUCCCACCAGACGAGUACUCCUGGAGAAAGUACGGUCAAAAGCCAAUCAAGGGGUCACCAUACCCACGGGGAUAUUACAAGUGUAGUACUUUUAGAGGGUGCCCUGCCAGGAAGCACGUAGAACGGGCCAACGACGAUCCGACGAUGCUGAUUGUGACAUAUGAGGGGGAGCACCGCCACGCUCAACCUGCGAUGCAGGAUAACUUGAGCGGUGGUGUAGGGCUAGUGUUCGAGUCAACGUGAAAGAGAGAAACGUAGAGGACGGAGUAAUAAACAAAUAGUAUAGAAAAAGACGAGUUAGACUUGAGUAAUAUCGAGGUGGGUGGGAUUGGAUUGUAAAUUUUCUGUAUCGGAAGCCAAAGCCAUGUUCAAAGUUAAUUAAAAAAAAUUCUAAUUAUUUGUAAAAACUUCGUUAUUUUUUUUGGAUUAA